AUGGACCGGCGGCCAGACUCGACGGGCCUUGGGCCCCGUCAUGACCCGAAUUCCCGCGUAUCCAAGCCCGAAUCGGCUGCUGAUAAAAUGGCUGCACUCAAAGCAAGAGUCGCAGCGGCGAUCGGGGGUACCAAAGCAAAAGGAGGUCUCAAUGUCGGGUUGCACCCAGUCCUCGAGGGUCUCGGCCAGGCAAAGCCUCCAGGCAGAACAAGCGAUGCGAAACCAUCGGGCAACCGCUCACAAUUUGAUGUCAGCUCGGCGAACGUAUCUGGCUACAGGACGCCAGACGCAGCGGGCCGCGGGCGCGACGGCUCGCAAUCGAAUCCGUACUUCAACGAGCAACUAGCAGCGCAACCCGCAGGCGGAAAACAACGACAGGCUCGGCCGCUACACUUCCAUCCCAAGGGCAAGUUCAUCCAGCAGGCUGCGGCGCUGCGGCGGCAGGCGGCCCUGGAGGAAAUGAAGAAACGGAUUGCUGCACAGACCAGGAAGGCCGGCAUCGAAGAUGAGAUGGACAUGGAGAAGAACCUCGUUGUCGAGGCCCCUCCGGAUAUCGAAUGGUUCGACGAGGGGCUUGUGGACGGCACGUACGACAACAUCGACGACGAGUCCCGUCUCAAGAUCGACAAAGAAGACACGAUUGUCACCGAGUACAUCCAGCACCCCGUCGCGCUGGAGCCACCACAGGAGAAGAACACACCGGCAGUGAAGCCGAUGUACCUCACGUCGAAAGAGCAGAAAAAACUCAGGAGACAGAGAAGAAUGGCGGAGCUCAAGGAACAGCAGGCAAAGAUCAGGCUUGGGCUGGUGCCAGCACCACCUCCCAAGGUCAAGAAGAGCAACAUGAUGCGUGUCUAUGCAGAUUCAGCAGUAAAGGAUCCAACGGCCGUGGAGAACCUCGUCAACCGUCAGAUUGCGGAACGCCAGCAGAACCACCUGCAGGCCAACGAGGAGCGCAAGCUUACCAAGGAAGAGAAGCACGACAAGCUCGCCACAAACCAGGAAAAGGAUGCCGCCAAGGGUAUCCAUGUAUUGGUAUUCAAGAUCAACAGUCUUGCAAACGGCCAGCACCGGUUCAAGAUUCAAAAGAACGCCGAGCAGCACGCACUCACGGGGAUUUGCGUCAUGCACCCCAAGAUGAACCUUGUCAUCGUGGAAGGAGGCGAACACAGCAUCCGCAAGUACAAGAAACUCAUGCUGGAUCGCAUCGACUGGACGGAAAACACGCCGUCGCGGGAGGGCAAGACACAGCAGCAGGUGCGCGAAUGGCUGGUGGCGGAGAACGAGAAGGGAGACCUCAAGGACAUGUCGCACAACGAGUGCAAAUUGGUCUUCGAGGGCGAAGAGAAAACGAGGGCGUUCCGCAAGUGGGGGAACAAGGUCUGCGAGUCCGACGCCGAGGCCAAAGACGCGUUGGCUCGGGCCAAGAUGGAAAACUUCUGGGCGCUUGCGAAGAGUAUGUAA